GUGCCGGGCCGGGCCGGGGCUGUGCGGUGCGGUGCUGCGGCGGUGCCGGCACAUUCCGGGCAGGCGCACUGCGCUGUGCGGGGCGGCGGCACUGAGCGUUCGGAACCCAUGGAGGUGACGGAGCCGCAGCCCGGUCCGAGCCCCGCGGCGGGGCCGCAGCCGGGAGCCGAAGAGAUUGACAUGUCCCUGGAUGACAUCAUCAAGCGCCACAGGAAGGAACAAACAGAUGCCAAAGCUGCAGGGGACAGCCGGAGGCAGCAGACCAAGAACAGGAAUUUGGCAUAUGGGUUUGGGCGGCCCCGCUUCCGUGCCUGGAUGCAGAGGAACUUGCAAGGUCCCAACCGUUUUAGGAGAGGCUUUGGACAACAACAGAACAACCGACGGCAAUUCAGGAACGCUCUGCCCGGCCCCAGGAGAAGAGCAGCUGCUGCAUUGAGUGGAGUGAGCCCUUUAAAUCGCCCAGCAUUGGCUCAGGAGGGCAACAAGAGUGAAGAUGCUUUCCCCAAAAGCAGUGGUGGGCAGCCUGAGGCACGGCAACGGCCACCGCCUGGCCCCAGAAGGUUCAGAGCAGCUGCUGCCAGCACCGGCGCGCCGGGUAGAAGGCCCUUCCUGCUGAACAGGGGACCAGGCUUCCAACAGAAGCGGAUGCAGCAGCGGUUCUCCAAAGCCUACAUCCAGAGAGGGCAAAUGGAUGCUAAUGCAGAAGGGAAACCACCAAGGAUGAGAAGGUGGCAAGUGAAACCCAGCCCUGGAGCAGUUCUGACAGUGUCUGUGGCUAAUCCCCAGGCGAGCCAGACCAGCACGCCUGGAGCCAAGCGCCCUUUCCUGCGAAGCCAGAGGCCCCCGCCGCGCAUCACCAAGCCCCAACCCAAGGGGGUGAUGCUGAGGUUCAACUUCCGUGCCAUGGCCAACCAGGUAGAGGAUCACCGAGGGGACCGGCCACAUCCCGCACCCCACAGGAGCCUUGUUGCUUGGUUUUGGGGCUGCCUGCUGGGUUUAUUUAGCACAACCCAGGAGGACAGUCCUGCGGCCUUGUUGGCUUUGGUGCUCACCAAAAUGGCGGCACCUGAGAAGACUACUUGGCAGCUACAGACUCAUCCCUGUUAUUCCUGCUCUGUUGGUCCCUCUUGUCCCAUUUGUGUGCUCUCUUUUGGCUUUGGAGGACUUCUCAGUGCCACGUUCUCCAUGUUUUACACCAAGAGAGCCGUGGGGCGGGUCACAAAUCCUGCUCCACCAUCCUUCGUCGCCAGCUCUCCUUGUCUGGACGGUUUGUUUGCUCCCGACGCCCUGUGCUCACACGCCAUCUGCUUGCUCCUGUUCUUGCCAAGGACGCCCGCUCUCUGGGGGCUGGGCACUGCUUGGAGGUUUUUCAGCCGCACACAGUCUGUCGAGCUCCUUGUCUCCGUGUGAUGGGUGGUUUAAUUGACUAACCGGCUGUGAUGCACCCUCCUGACUGAUGGGCUCUAAUCAAUACCCCGCUGCAAGCCCGGCUGUGCUUGGCCACGAGCCGUGGGACUGACGCGCUCUCCCUUUCCCCUGCAGACCAGCCUGACGCUGGAUGAGAGGUUCUCUGGGCUGAGGAAUAAGAGGCGCUUUGCAGCAGCCCGCGGCGCCCGCCGGACGGUCACCAUGCCCUAACACCACGCACCCGACGUGGGGACAGCGGGCAGCAGCCCGGGCCCUGUAACAGGUGGCUCAAUAAAACACGAUAGAUUCCCUCUGAAGAUAGAUGAUUCAGCAACCCGCUGUCUGCUUCCUUCCGUGCAUAAUGAGAGAGUGAUUGAGGGCAGGGAUGAGGCAGCACUGGAGUCUAGGCUAUACACAGUGUAGGGAGGCGGUGGAAGGGGAUGAGUGGAGGUAGAUUUGCUGUGCUGGGCUCCAUGGUACUGGGUCCACCCCAUCCCCCUGCCAGGCACCAGAGAAGGGAGCAGCUACAAGCCUUGUCCUGCAGCUGGGACAGCAAUGAGGCCUUGGACCUGCUUACCUGAGAGGCCAACAAACAUGGCAGCCACACCAGGGACAUGAUCCAGCAUUCCCCACCUAAAAGCCUUACAGCGUGCAGCUGGGACCCCCACCCAAAAGUCUGCAGUGUAGGGCCUUCCCCAUCUUCAUCCUGCCUCGUCAGCAGCUGGAAGGGUCAGUUGGACUGCCCUGCUUUUCUCAGUGCUGAGCAGAUGGGUGGGCUCAGCCUAAAUCUGUGCUUCCAAUGCUGGGUAGGUCUGCACUGGGAUCCUUGUAGGUGCAGCUCCACCUGUGCAUAAUCAUGCUGAUGUGGGAAGGAAGCCAGGCUGCACAGCACUUGGCCGAGAAGUUAAUGAGCUGUGUUGAGAUAUUCGUUAAUGAAGCCCCAUACCAAACAUGAGUUGCCGAUCCAUUCUCUGCCCAAUACUGCAGCCAAUACUGAGUGUGCCAAGCACAGCCUGUUACUGGGCCCUAAGCUGUAAGUAAGGAAGUAAAUAUUUGAUAGACUGCUUUACGUUUUACACUGAGUGUCUUUAACAAGAGACCGGAUUCGGGGUUGACUUUAUAGGAAUGUGUGAAAUGUUGCUAGCUGGUUGAUUGAGAGGUGAUGUAUGAAUCCAAUGCACUGAAUAAAAACUCAUCAAACGGCA